CUCAAGUCGAGAGACCGGACCCGGGAGAUCGAAGAUGACGAAGGUGAUCGAGCUCACUGCGCCCGGCGGUGACCCGCUCACGCAGUCGCUGCCGCUGGCCGCGGAUGACGGCGCGCUGCUGACGGUGGCCACGCUUCGGGCCGCGGCGGCCGCGCUGCUGGCCGGCGACAACCACGGCUUCUCGCUGCGCUACACGGACUCGGACGGCGACGAGGUCACCGUGGCCCGCGACGCGGACGUGAAGGAGCUGGCCGACUACAUGGCCGACGAGCGCCUGGAGCGCCUGACGCUGCUCGUGGCCGUGCACGGCCCGCCGGCCGGCGCCCUGCAGAAGCAACUGCGCGGCCUGGUGACGGCCAUGGCCAAGCUGACGACGGACAAGCCCAAGCAGCCCACGCCGGCCAACGCCGUGAACCUGCUGGUGGCCAGCCUGCAGACGAUGGACGUGGCCGACGACUCGACGGAGCUGGCCGCGGUCAAGCGCGAGCUGCUGGCGGUGCUGCAGGGCGAUGAGUUCCGCCAAGUGGUGGACGAGCUGAGUGCGUCGGAGGAGUUCAAGGACCUGGCCGACGCCAUGGUGGCGGCCAUCUACCAAGACGACGCCCAGGCCAUUGAGGAGACGGCCACGGCCCGCUUCGACGAACUGCUGGCCUUCUUCCAGCGCGUGGUGGCCCGCUGCCCCACGCUCAAGCCGGCGAUGGUGAACGUGGCCAAGAAGUGCAUGUCUGGCCUGGUCCGCUACAAUGAUGAAGAGCUGGCCGAAGACGGCUCGGACGCGUCAAGCUCCAGUAGCAGCAAGGCUGCUCUAGCUGAAGUGGAGGAGAUGCCGGUGCACCUUGGAGUCAUAUGUGAUGGCUGUGAGAAGGCGCCGGUGGUUGGCGUCCGCUACAGGUCGCUGGAAGUUGAAGACUUUGAUCUGUGUGAGGACUGCGAGGCCAGCGGCAAGUGGGUGAGCCACGAGCCGUUUAUCAAGAUCACGGACCCGUCGCGCGCGCCGAAGCACAAGCGCCCGACCGAGUUGGUGCAUCCUUUCGUUAUCUGCGAUGGAUGCGAGAUGAGCCCCCUUGUGGGCAUCCGCUUCAAGUCGAAGACGGCGGAGGACUUCGACCUGUGCGAGGCCUGCGAGGCGAGCAGCAAGUGGAACGAGUCGCACGGACCGUUCACCAAGAUCGAAGAGCCAGGAAUGAUGCACGCGUUGAAGUUCACGUGCCGUCGCGGGACGUUUGGCCACCACGACAAGUUCGGACACCACCGUGGCAAGUUUGGGUACCACGGACGCCACGGGAAGUUCGGCCACCAUGGACAUCAUGGCAAAUUCGGCCGCCAUGGCCACCACGGCCCUCCAGGCUUGCCCUUCCACGGGCCACCCCCUCACCACCACGGUUUUCCGCCUCCGCCUCACUUCGAUGGUCGUCCCGAUUUCCCGCCGCCGCCUCACCAUGGAGGCCCUCCUGACUUCGGCGGACGAGGCCGCUACGGCCACUACCCACCUCCCCCGCCGCCGGAGUUUUUCGAUCGUCGUGGGCGCCACCACCACGGACCCCCUCCGUUUGGUCCUCCCGGCAGCUUCGGAAGCUUCAGUCCCCCUCCAUUUGGAUUCCCCCACCCGCAUGGCCCGCCGCCCUGUCCACCCGAGUUCCCGCCGAAGUUUGAUUGCCGUGGAUUCCCAGGCCACCACGGACGCCAUGGACGCUAUGCGCGCUUCCCAGUCGGCGAAGAAGACCAAGAGGAUGGUGAGCGAGGUCGCCGCCGCCAUGGUUGUCGUGGACGUGGCCGCUGGGGCCGCAAUACCUCCGAUCUUGAAGCACGCUUCCUUGAGGACGUGACCAUCGAGGACGGCACGGUCGUCGAGGCCGGAAAGCCGUUGCGCAAGAUGUGGAAACUCGUGAACGACGGCGAGCGUUCCUGGCCCGAUGGCUGCUACAUGAUCACUCAGCCGGGCAAUCCGAUGUUCCCCGAUGACAGAGAAUCGAGCCGUAUCGACCUGCCGGAGUUGGCACCCGGCGAGGAGUUUAUUGCCGGAGUGGACCUGGUGGCUCCCAGUGAACCUGGACGCUACACCAGCUUCUGGCGCGUGUGUGACCCGGCGGACGUGAGCUUUGGCCACCGCUUCUGGAUCGACGUCGUGGUGGCCGCUGGAGAUGCCGCCCCGGAGACGACUCCGUCUGAGGCUCCAACGGCAGACAGUGCUGAAGACGUUGAGAUCAAGGACGCUUCCGCUGAUGCUGCGUCCGACGAUGACAUCGAGAUUAUUGACUCCGCUGAAGCGCAGGAAGCUGAUGCAGUUGCCGAAGAAGGCGAGCUCAGUGAGAACGAGGACAAGGCGGACUACAAGGAGGCACUCGAUCUGCUUGCAUCGAUGGGCUUCGUCGACCAGGAGAAGAAUCUUCGCGCGCUGGAAUUGGCGGACGGGAACGUCGGCGGCGCCGUGAACGCACUUCUGUCGGAGUAA